CCUCACAGGAUGGCCCCCAAACGCCAGUCUUCACUCUCACCUCAAACAAAGAAACCAAGACUGCCUCCUGCCCCCAAGCUGGAGAAGACGUCGACCUCUCUGGAUGUGCCAAAGAGAGAAAAAGAACAGCAAGAAGCAAUUGAACAUAUUGAUGAAGUACAAAAUGAAAUAGACAGACUUAAUGAACAAGCCAGUGAGGAGAUUUUGAAAGUAGAACAGAAGUAUAACAAACUCCGCCAGCCAUUUUUUCAGAAGAGGUCAGAAUUGAUUGCCAAAAUACCAAAUUUUUGGGUAACAACAUUUGUCAACCAUCCACAAGUGUCUGCACUGCUUGGGGAAGAAGAUGAAGAAGUGCUGCAUUAUUUGACAAGAGUUGAUGUGACAGAAUUUGAAGAUAUUAAAUCAGGUUACAGAAUAGAUUUUUAUUUUGAUGAAAAUCCUUACUUCGAAAAUAAAGUUCUCUCCAAAGAAUUUCAUCUGAAUGAGAGUGGUGAUCCAUCUUCAAAUUCCACUGAAAUCAAAUGGAAAUCUGGAAAGGAUUUGAUGAAACGUUCAAGUCAAACACAGAAUAAAGCCAGCAGGAAGAGACAGCAUGAGGAACUGGAGAGCUUCUUUACCUGGUUUACUGACCAUUCUGAUGCAGGUGCAGAUGAGUUAGGAGAAGUCAUCAAAGAUGAUAUUUGGCCAAAUCCACUACAGUACUACCUGGUUCCUGACAUGGAUGAUGAAGAAGGGGAAGGAGAAGAAGAUGAUGAUGAAGAAGAUGAUGAAGAAGAAGAAGAGUUGGAAGAUAUUGAUGAAGAAGGGGAUGAGGAUGAAGGUGAAGAUGAUGAUGAGGAGGAAGGAGAGGAAGAUGAAGGAGAAGAUGACUAAUAGAACAUUGAUGGAUUCCAACCUUUUUUAAUUUUCUCCAGUCCCUGGGAGCAAGUUGCAAUCUUUUUUUUUUUUCCUCUUGUGCUCGGUCGCCCUGUUUUUGAGGUCUCUUUUCUCUCCUUUACACCAUGGUUCUCACCUUACUUGGGGGGAAAUAACUUCAGCAGAAUACAGUGGGAAAAGAAUCUCUGCCCCUUUCUGUUCCAAAUUCAUUUUUAUCCCUUCCUAUCUCAACAAAAACUUUAUGGAAUCAACACCACCAUGCUCUGUGGAGAAAAAAGAAAAACCUUCUGCUCCCUUAGCUCUGCUGGAAGCUGGAGGGUGCUAGGCCCCUGUGUAGUAGUGCAUAGAAUUCUAGCUUUUUUCCUCCUUUCUCUGUAUAUUGGGCUCAGAGAUUACACUGUGUCUCUAUGUGAAUAUGGACAGUUAGCAUUUACCAACAUGUAUCUGUCUACUUUCUCUUGUUUAAAAAAAGAAAAAAAAA